AUGGAACAAGAGCCGCCGAUCGUCACGCUCAAGCCAGAUCCAGAACCGCACAUUUACACAUUGUUCGAGAUAUCGACCGGGACGUGGCAAUGGGUGGUAGCAGACCCUAUCACCAAGAAUGCUGUAAUCAUAGACGGAGUCUUAGACAAAGUGCACUCUUCGAAAGGCAUAUGCACCACCGCAGCUGACCGCCUUCUUGAGAACGUGCGACACCACGGAUAUCGUGUCAAACGCAUACUCGAAACACAUGCCAUGCGAGACCAGCAGAUCAGGACAGCGGCUUGGUACCUCAGGAAUCAGCUCCGGGAGGAGAAAGGCAACAUGCCACGAAUUUGUACUGGCAAAAGCAUUGCGGGAGUACAGCGUAUGUUUGCACGACAGUAUCGCCAGAACCCACAAUGGGCCAAUCACUUCGACUCCACUUUCAGGCAUGGCGAAAUGUUCAACAUUGGCGAGCUAAACUGUAAGGUACUGCAGCUCAGCACAGACACAUUCGCCUUUGUCAUUGGCCACAAUGUCAUUAUUGGCGAUGUUCCAAACGAACAGGCAAUGCAACGCCUGGCUGGUCUGACCAAAGGAUACACAUGGCAUCCUGGAGGUGGCGAUUCUCCAGCAAGUUCACGGCCUCAGACUGCAACCACAGCCUCGUCAGACUGGCCUACACCACGACCUUCGUUGUCGUUACCAGCUCAAUCGUACUCCCCACUGGCGCAAACGAGUCCACCCCCUCGAUCAAGUAGGAAUGAUGGCAGGCCGGCGAGCUACAUAUAUGAGAUGUCGGCAUGA